CGCCCAAUGCCCCCAAUCCCCAACUCAAUCCAACCCACUCACACCGAGUGAGACACGAGAUCGAAGAAAUCCCAGUACCUUGACGAGAGCGAUGGCGGGCGACGGCGACGGCGGAAGCUCCCUGUUGCGGUGCCUGGAUUAUCCCUGCACGAAGCGCCUCCGUCUCCGCCGGCUCCUGGCCUACCACCGGCGGUACACGCACGAGGAGGUCUACACAACGAUGAACAGGAGGACGCGUUUGAUCUUCGAGGUGAAGGACCUGGUGAAGCUGGUCAAGACAGGGAAAUGGCGGGUGGCCGCCUCCUACAUCAUCGGCUUCGUUCCCUCCGACUCAAUGAGCGACGAUGCCACACAACUCCUGCUGUUCAUUCAGGACCUAAUGUCCCUCAGCGACCUCGCCCAAGGCGUCACCAUCAUGGCAUGCUUGCUCUCGGACUGGGUCCUAAGCAUCUACAAAGAGCCUGAGCUCGCGGAGUACCCUUGCUUUGCCACCCUCGUUGCCGAUGUCCUCUUCCUGCGCUCAGAUCAUGCCAGGGACUUCCUGAACUGGCAGCUCGUCAGAAACAAGGCGGCAGAGACCAGAGAUGAUCCAGGAGAUGGUCUGCAAGACGCCGGAGCUUAAGGACAGGUUGUAUUUCCCGCGAGGCCCGCACAACCUGUGCCAUGUAGUGCCCAUUGCGUCCAGCUUUCAUCGAAGGCGUCAUGUGAAUACUGUAUGGCGCAAACAGUCAACCGAUUAUGCACAAUUCUAUCUUCGGAUGAAGAAGAGAUUGCCUAAUUCGACUCAAGUGGCAAGUCUUAAUUUUUCAGAAGCAGGUUCAGCAAAGAUAAGGGGUUGGAUGCAGCUGAUGCUACUUGAGAAAGCAUUGCAAGCUGGUGGACCACUGGCGCCCGAGCAAGGCCAUACCCCUGAAUAUUCGCCCCGUGGAGGUUUCCCACUCGAGCAGAUGCUAUCCAGACCCCCAUUCUUGCCCAAAUUCGUGCCCUAGGCCACAUCCUUUUGUUGUCAUCUUAGUUUGUUUCCCCCGGAAGACCAUGCUCCUUUUGGUUUUGAAGAAAAUCUCAUGCUGUUUUGUGCAGCUCGUAGAUGUAUUAUUUAGAGUUACUACGAAUCUUUUUGUAAGUGUGUGUAUAUAUUCAAGACAUGUAUGCACGAUCAGUGAACUCACAUGUUGUGUGGGUUCCGGAGGACGGUGUAGUUGUGGAAGUCUGCGGUGGGAUCAAACAUUCAAAAACAAGGUAGAACACCUGCUCCCGGCUCCCUCUCCCCUGCGCGAACACGUUGGUGGGCAUCCCGAACCGCUGCUGGUCAAUAAUUAUCCCUUUGCGAUCAACUUUCUUGUUUGUUUGAACAGUUCUUUGGUGCCCCAUGGGAGAGUUGCAACCAGCCGGGGUCAGUCAGCGGUUUGGGAUAAUGGUGGCAACUGGGCGUGUAGGCUAAACUAGAAGCUUAAUGACAAUUUCAAAUGAAGACCGACUCAAAAGGCUUGCUCAUAUGCCAGACCGCAGCUCCAAGAAGACAUGCAGAGAACAGUAAGCACCAAUUCUUGAAACAUGCUGCACAAAAUUCUGUCCAAUAUCCAUCUCGGCGCAUGAUGUUAGGCUG